AUGGCGUCUGGAUUGGUUCCAAUUAUUGUUGAUAAGAUUUUUCAACGACUUUUGGAUUUCGAUAUCACAAAACGUUAUUUUCUUAUGCGACAUUUCGGUUAUGCGGGACCGGUGACUGUCAAUGAAUCCGAACUCACAUUAGAAUCCGAACAAAUGUGUUUUCGACGAACGAGUCUCGCCAAAUAUCUCAAAAGAAUUCUUCGACAGAAAGUUUGGAAUAACGCUUUUCUCGAAUAUUUAUCUUAUGUUGGAAAAAUUCAUACAAGAAUGGCUGGUUCACAUUCAAUUGACAUUGAUUUUAUUCACAUCAAUAUUCUUUUUGGUUAUAUCGAACAUAUUUUACUCGAUGUUGUUCUUUCCAAUGAACAAAUUGAUGAUAAAACAAAGAAAUCAGCUAUUCUUGCUUUGAACAAAUUCUUCUGGAUUCAAAAUGACUUUUUCUCAAUGCAUUAUAUUAAACAAACGAAUACGAAUGAAGUGAAAUGUUGUUUACCGAGAAUGACAAACUAUUCAACAAUGAAUUAUGGAAUGGGUUAUCACAUAAAACCAUUGGUUCGUCAACAACGUCAUAAUAAUCCUCGUCAAAGACAAGCAGCACCUGCUCAUCGACAUCAAAAUAUUGAACGUCCAAAACCUCCAUCACAUUCAAUCGCUCCUUGGGAUAUAACACGAUGGGUCGAUCCAAUUCAUACUACUCAAGUUCCAAAAGGUCCAAUGUAA